UUUGAAUAAUUUGUAUAUUUUAUUUUAUUUAUAAUUAUAAAUAUUUUUUAUAAUUAAAAAUGAAUUAUGAUAUAAAAACAAUAUAAACAAUUAUUGUUUUCCAAUUUUUCCUGUUAGUAAAGUAACUGAUUGUACUGAAAAUAUGAACAGAAUUCAUUUACAAGAAUGAAAUGUAUAAGAAUAGGAAUAUUAAAUGUAUAUUAAUCAAAAUAUGUAGUGGCACUCUUUCUCAAUAUAGUUCCUCAUGUUGUGGAACCAGUGGAUGCGCUGCAUUGUCUCGUCGCGGGACCCACUCUCAUACUGUCCACACUUAUCAUGGUGCUGUACAUUGUAGAUCAGGUACAAAGCGAGGCAGAAUUUUAUUACCUCAUCAUUGAACUGGUACUCACUUCGAUAGCACUCUUAAAUCUCUUUAUUGUUGCUAAAAUAUAUGGAGCCAUCUAUGGUCUUUUCUACAUUGAUUUAAUCGUUGCAUUUUCCAUGGAUUUGUACUAUAUACAUAAAGAAAGGGGCUGGACAUAUUAAAUAGGUAACGCUGUUAAAAAAUAUAUGCAUUGAAUAUAAAUGUGGUUUUGUAGAGGAUAAAUAUGUAGCAAUAAUUCCCAGUACUGAUAAGGCUUCCUGUGAUAAAUAGUAACCACUGAGCGGCUUCAACAUGUGUACGAAAAGUAUGAAGAGGAAUACACAUUGUUUCUGUAGACAAAUCGUAAUUUAUUUAAAAGAAAUGACUAUGAAAAUUUUUAAAAGAAUAAUGAAAUUGACUGUACGAAAUUGUCUGUGUAGUUGCAUCUUUAUUAUAUUCUUUUUAAUUUUUAUUUCCUUUUGGAAAAGUGAGUCUAUCGGUGUGUAUAAACAAAAUGCUCAUAUUCCUGUGAUAGUGUGGUGGACAAAUGGGUUUCCUAGUGUAAACCAAAUUCGGACUUGUUCUGAUAACAUAGACUGUGAAAUUAUCGCUGAUAAGAAAAUUAAUGGCAAUGCCGUCGAUGCAUAUUUAUUUUAUGGAAGUGUUAUUAAUUUAGAAGAUCUACCACUACCUAGACGGCCAUAUGAUGUAAUCUGGGGUCUGUUUCACGAAGAAUCGCCAAGGAACGUUGAAGAGUUGAUGCAUGAAGAAAUGUUAAACUUGUUUAAUUUCUCUGCUACAUUUAGCCGUCAUAGCGACGUUCCAUUUCCUCUCCAAUAUAUGGAUUCUAUUAAUGAUAUAACUAGCAAAGAACACUACGUUGAUACAUCGACGAAGAACAAUUAUCUCAAAGAGAUUGGCCCCAUAAUGUAUUUACAAACUGAUUGUGAAACUUCAACCGAAAGAGACAAAUAUGUAAAAGAAUUGAUGAAAUUUAUACAAGUGGACUCAUAUGGUGCUUGUUUAAAUAACAAAGUGAUACCUCAGAAGUUUAAACAUGAUUAUCUAAAUAAUUUAAAUGACCCAGAGUUUCUUGAUUUCACAGCGAGGUACAAGUUCGUAAUAGCAAUCGAAAAUGGCGUCUGUGAUGACUAUAUAACGGAGAAAUUUUGGCGGGCUAUCAAAGUAGGUACUGUACCGAUAUAUUUUGGGUCACCUACAAUACGAGAUUGGUUACCGAAUAACAAGUCUGCGAUACUUAUUAAAGAUUUUCCGACGCCUAAAGCCAUGUCCGAAUAUUUACAGCUGUUGCUAAAAAAUGACAAAUUAUAUGAAGAGUAUUUGGAGCACAAAAUUAAAGGGACGAUAACAAAUAAAAGACUGCAUAAAGAGUUAAGAGCAAGGCCGUAUCAAAAUGACGCAUUAAAAACAGCCGAAACUCUAGAAUGUUUAGUAUGCAAAAAGUUACAUGAGAAGAAUAAACGUGACAAGAAUAUUGUAACUAAAUAUCAUUACAACUGUCCUCAACCAAUUUCGGCGUUGACUUUGGGUGUGAACCCCCACAAUAGUUGGCUAUUUUCAUGGAGAUCGGCAAAACUUAAGGUACAAGAAAUAUACAAAAAGUUGGGUUGAAAAUAAUGUAUUUGCUCUAUUAAUAAUGUACAUAUGUUUUUAUAAUAUAUUUUUAUAUUUUU